GCCCUCCAGAUGCCAAGAUGGCGGCACGAGGCUGCGCCUGCGCUCUCGGGUCUCCUCCCCCAAUUUUUCUCGGGCAGUGAGCGCGACUCUGACUAACCGGAUCGCCGGCUGCUCUUCUGCGGGGGUGGAGGUCCGGACCGCCGCCCGCUCUUCGCCAUGCAGCUGCUCUGCAGGUGGCAGCUGCUGCUGUGGGUGCUGGGGCUUUCCGCCCGCGGCCUAGAGGUUGCAGAGGAAGGUGGUCACUUAUGGUUGGAGGAGCAGCCUGCUCCGCCUGUCCAAGUGGGAACUGUGUACCUGAAGAAGGAGGCGUCCCUACAAGAGCUGAGCAGCCGCCAGGAGAGGGCGGCAGAAGAGGCUGAUGCUGUGCUGGGGCGGGGCACCCCCAGGGACCCCAUGGUGGUGCUCUCUGUGAUUCCUGGAGAAGCUGAGGACAGACGGAGCUUAGAGCCGAGCAGCGGCUCAUGUGCUGCUCGAGGAGAAGACGCGAGGUGCAGUGUCCGUGAGAGCCUCUUCUCUCCGGACAGUGCGGGGCCGACCUCCCCCGACAGAGAAGAGGAGUACUACCCCGAGCCGGAAGUGGCCGAGUCCGACCCAGCCCCUGCGGAUGACUCCAACAACACGGAGAGUCUGAAAUCCCCAAAGGUGAAUUGUGAGGAGAGGAACGUGGCGGGAUUGGAAAAUUUCACUCUGAAAAUUUUAAAUGUGUCCCAGGACCUUAUGGAUUUUCUAAACCCAAAUGGAAGUGACUGUACCCUGGUCCUGUUCUAUACCCCCUGGUGCCGAUUUUCUGCCAGUUUGGCCCCUCAUUUUAAUUCGCUGCCCCGGGCAUUUCCAGCUCUUCAUUUUUUGGCUCUGGAUGCAUCUCAGCACAGCAGCCUUUCUACCAGGUUUGGUACUGUAGCUGUUCCUAACAUUUUGUUAUUUCAAGGAGCCAAACCAAUGGCUAGAUUUAAUCAUACAGAUCGAACACUGGAAACGCUGAAAAUCUUCAUUUUUAAUCAGACAGUUUGAGCAUUGUAAACUGAAGAAACUUCCUCCACUGGAAAACAUCACUCAUCAAAAACCUUACCACCUAGGGCUGGGGAUUUAGCUCAGUGGUUUCACUGCCUGCUGCGAAAGCGCAAGGACCCAAGUUCGAUCUCCGGCACCAAAAAACAAAACAAAACAAACAAAACCUUACUACCUCAACUUUGAACAUCCCAUUUCUUCCUGAAGUGUACUCACUGAAAAUAAGUGAAAAUUAGAAUACACCUCCUAUAGAUAUCGAGCUGCAUAUCAUCACUUUUUUGAGGCAUUUAAGAAUUCCAAGUCUUGUCCUGGAUCCCUAGGUGAUAUGGGGAAAGGCAGCUAUUUUGGUUAGUGCUCUAGGAAAACCUAGAACACAAGUGAAAUGUAGGAGCCCCAGAAUCUUUAGUGAUCCAUGGUGGCUAGUCCUUUAUUACUUAUUUAGUUAGUUUUGAGUAUUCUGAGACAGGGUCUCACUAUGUAUUUCAGGCUGGCCUUGAACUCUUGGGAGUUCUCCUGCCUCAUCCUCCGAAGUGCUGGGAUUACAGGCUUGCACCACUACGCCCACUCGAAGUGGGUGGCUAGUUUUACCAAUUCUUUCAAUAACCUAUUUGCAAGCAUUUUGAAUUUAGUAUUAUUUAACCUGUGAAAACAUUCUUCAGAUUCCUGAGAGUAGCUUUGCUAGUUACUUGUUGAACUUUGGUGUGUCAAGAGAACAAAGGCAAUUCUUACAAGGUAUUGAUAGGAAAGGUCUGAUGAAUCCACAGAAAUUCUAGAGUUUUAGUUUUGUACAGCUGAAUGGAUUCCUGAUUCUUUGAUGUGGUAGGAAAAAAGGCAAGUUACAAAUUACACUGACAAGCAGGUGAAGUCCAACCCAAAUACACUAGUGGUGCUGUUUAUUUUAGGACUGCAUGUCAUUUUGCAUACUAUGCAUCAUACUUCGGAAAAAAUCUAGGGCAGAUGUAUUUUCUCUGAUUUGAAACAACUGAUUUCUC